AUGAUAGAUGACAGAUGCUUUGUGAGUGUAAACGAAAGGAAAAUCUACAAUAAUGUGCAAAAGGAAAAGAUGAGUUACGACCCUGUCCAACCACAUCGGUAUCAACAGGUUUUCAUCGCGACCAUAAGUAGAGAGAGAGAGAGAGAGAGGAAGAGAGAGAGAGAUUAGAAGUAGCAGAUAUCAAAACAAAAGAAAAAAGAGAGAGAAAUCCGUCCACAUAGCUAGAUCAAGUUCAUACCAACCCUAUCCCCCCUAUCCCCCAUUCUCAACAGGCGUCCCAGCCCGAAUCAACCCCAACUCCACAUCCCCCUCAACCCUCUGAUCCACCACCCCCGUCCCCGUCCCUCCUGACACAACACCAAACAAAGCCUUCAAAUUCCCCACACUCCCACUUCGACUCGCACUAACCGGCACACCCUCAUCCACGAACCGCACAGACCGUGAAGGCGACGCUUCCCUGGUAGGCGGCCUCGAAUGCAACGCCCGAAGCGAGUCGAUCCGUUGGUUGCGUAAUGAGCUUUCUGCCGUCCCCGGACGGGUGUGCGCUGCUGACGAGGGCGCAGUGGAUGGUCG